UAAAAAUAAAUAGCUAAGUGAUUAGAUCACAUGUUACAUGAUUACCCAGGUGCUGGCCUUUCUUCAACCUGGCUCUGUUGAUACAAACAUAUUCAUGAUGUAAAAACUUCACAAAAUAUGAUUAUUUAGUCUGUCUUGUUUAAAAACCAAAGUCUAGAUGGUAACUAAACAAGAUGGUUCCAAAUUGAAAUAGAUACUAUUUCUCCACUGGGAACCAUUUUCUACAUUUAGUUAGUAGGUAACUUGUAUAUUCAUGAGUUUUUGGACAUAGAAUUGAAUACCAUUUAAUGAAAGGCAUAAUAAUCAGUUUUUUUUUUUUUUUUUUUUUUUUUUUUAUGUGCAGCAAUAGAGUUAUCACUUUAAAGUAAUGUGACAUAAGUAAAAUAACUGCUUUUUAUGAUCUUCAUACAUUUUAAUUAUUUGGGACACAUGCAUUAUAUUUGUUAUGAUUUCAGUUUUUCUAAGUAUGUCUUUGUCUUUGCAUAUGUUAGAAUUUACAGAAAUCUAUAUUUUGACAUUUACAUUUUCAAUAGGCUUUAUCAUGGCAGAUGUUGAUUGGGGUCUUUCUGCUGAUUUACAAGAGAAAGGAAUUUCGAAAUUAGUUGACAAUUUAAAUUUGGACAAUCCUAUUCCACCACCUGUGCCACCUCCAAUACCUCCUCCAAAGAUUCCUGAUGAAGCAUCAAAAGACAAAUGAUGAUGAUGAUGAAAAAAAGAUGAUGAACCUGAAUUAAAUCCUGCUGAGAUAUCUCUGAUGAAAAAACUUGUAAGAUCUCAUUUAAUUGAAGUUUCUCAUGAUAUAGAUAUCCAGAGAAAUCCUAAUUCAUCUCUUUAUUCUGUGAAAUCUUUUGAAGAAUUGAAUCUGCGACCUGAACUUCUUAAAGGUGUGUGUGGUAUGGGAUUUAAUUCACCCUCAAAAAUACAAGAGACUGCUCUUCCUACUCUUAUUGCAGAUCCUCCACAAAAUAUGAUUGCUCAGUCUCAGAGUGGUACGCUUAAAACUGCUGCUUUUCUUUUGGCAAGUUUGAGCAGAGUGGACACAAAUUUGAAAUAUCCUCACGUGCUUAUUUUGUCCCCAACAUAUGAGUUAGCCAUGCAGACAGGAAAAGUGGCAAAACAAAUGGCAAAAUUUUGUCCUAACAUUGAAUUUUGUUUUGCUGUUAGAGGUGAGGUUUUGCAAAGAGGAGAAAAAAUUACUGCUCAUUUUAUGAUUGGAACUCCUGGUAAAGUUUAUGAUUGGGCAAUGCGCUAUAAGUUUUUUGAUCUCAGGAAAAUAAAAGUAUUUGUUUUAGAUGAAGCAGAUGUUAUGAUCUCGACUCAAGGAUAUCAAGACCAGUCUAUUCGCAUCCAUAAGCAGCUACCGAAAGAUUGUCAGAUGCUGCUGUUCUCAGCUACUUAUUCUGAAGAAGUCAUGCAAUUUGCAGAAUUGAUUGUUUCUGAUCCUAUUAUAAUUAAACUGAAAAGGGAAGAAGACAGUUUGGAUAAUAUAGAUCAGUAUUACAUAGUAUGCAGAGAUAAAGAAGAGAAAUUUCAAGCUUUGUGUAACAUAUAUGGUACUGUGUCAAUAGGACAGGCUAUUAUAUUUUGCCAUACCAGGAAGACUGCAUCUUGGUUAGUUGAAUAGCCAUUCUCAAUAGAUUUACAGAAGGAAAAGAAAAA